AUGGCGCCCAGAAUGGCUGCAACCGCCAAUGGACAUAAUGCCAUACCCCAAAGCUCUCCAAAUACCAAUGCCUCACCAACAGAAACAUCCCCUCCCCCACAGCCCGACAUCUUCAACGCCAGCUCCGUCGCCGAGAUCAAAGCCACGUUGUCCCACCUACACACCCAAGAAGCGUCUGUGACCGCCCGCCUUGAUGCCCUGGUCACAUCCCAGAAAGACCUCUCCCGUGAGCUGGGCCGGCUGGACCUGAUGCGCGCCAACAUCGGAACGCACGCCAGCACGACCCGGUCCAUCAGCCAUGGAAUGCUCUCCGAAGCCGCCGGCACCGCCGACCGGAUCUCCAGCGCGGUCCGCCGGCUGGAUCUCGAGCAGGCACGAGUGAAAGCCACCCUUGAGGUUGUCGAGCAGGUUGCCGAGCUCAAGGCGUGUGCGCUGGGCGUGGCGGGAUCGAUGGGUGCGCCCCAGGACUGGGAGAAAGCCGCCAGCUACCUACACCGUGCAGCUCAGAUUCCGGCGACGGUCGUCAAUGGCGCGUUUGCUGCGGAGAUGGUCCCUACGGCUGAAGUGCCGGACCCGCCAAGUGUGACGCUGGAUAACGCGGCGGAGUCGCUGUGCGGGCUGUUCCUGCGUGAGUUUGAGAAGGCGGUUAAGGAGAAUGAUGGGGCCAAGAUUACGCGCUUCUUCAAGCUUUUCCCGCUUAUUGGUCGCUCGGAGGUUGGACUUGAUGUUUAUGGUCGUUAUGUGUGCCAGGGUGUUGCGGCCAAGGCUCGGGCUAACCUUAACGGGGCUACCGGCGGUGCUCAGACUAAGGAUGGUUUCUUCUAUGCCAAUGCGCUUACCAAACUAUUUGAACAUAUUGCGCAGAUUAUUGAUGGCCAUGGCGGGCUCGUUGAGCACCACUAUGGCCCCCGCAAGAUGGGACGGGUCAUUGAACGGCUGCAGGUCGAGGCUGAUGUACAGGGCGGUAUCAUUCUUGAUACUUGGAGCGAUGAGCGACAUGUGGAUCGCAAAUUGAUGGAUAUCAAAUCAUAUGCUUUCACUUUCUUGGUGCAGAGCUUCCUGCCUGCGCAGCGACCAGGGCCGCCUCGCUCACAGUCCCCUGCCAUGGGGGCGAGCACUGCCACCGACGAGGAGGGAGUCGAUAUGAAAGAGAUCGAUGGUGUCUUAAAUGAAAUGGCUAUCAUGUUAGGCCGGUGGUCACUGUACUGUCGGUUCCUGGCUGAUACAUGUAAUUCUUCUGGCGAGGAUGGCGCAGACGACGAUAAGCGUUUCGAGCUUCCGAGCUUCUUGCGAGAGUCACCUCUGGCCCAAAAGAUCAACGAUCGCCUGGUGGCCCCCUUCAACGCAAUGACAACCUUCUUCUUCCGCCGCUCCGUCGAAAAAGCUUUCCAAUUAGACGAGUCCCCAUCAGGCCUCACGUUGAAUCCUCAGCGUCCACUGAAAGCCGACCCACCACACAUCACCUCAGCUGUCGACGACAUAAUGUACAUCGUCAACAAGGUCAUCCAACAGUCACUCGCAACCUCGCAAGAAGGAGUCGUGACGAACGUAGUCCCGACCCUCUCACGCGUCCUAGGUUCCGAUUUCAUCGGCAUGACGCAGCGCAAGAUGCGCGACGAGUGCUACCCACGCUCCAUCCAAGGCGGCCCACCGGCAGAACAAACCACAAUCUCCUUCCUAGUUCAAAUCAACAACCUCGACCUAGGAGUAGAUUACAUCCGACGAAUCGUGCAAAACAACACAGGCUCUAAACCAGACACCACCACCACCACCACACAAGCAACCUCCCACCUCCUCUCAAUCUUCUCAAACCCAACAGCCGCACAAAAAGUCUACCAAACCCUCCAAACCCUCUCCACAACCUUCGAAAGCAAAGUAACCGACCUCCUAACGGACGGAAUCCAAGUAAUCUUCAACAACGCCAUAAAACCCCGUCUCCGGCCGAUUCUCGCAGACACCUUCCGGGACAUCGAAUACGCACCAAACCCCAACGCCCUUGAACCCGACAAUCCAAACUCAACCUUCGACAACAAAGAACUCGUCAAGCCACGCUUCACCUCCCUAUGGAACGACUUAUUGACACCAUUCGCGCGGAUUCUCACGCCCUCGGCCUUCGACCGCGUCCUCGGCGUGACGAUCGCGUAUCUAGCCCGUCUACUGGAGAAAAGACUUUGGUCUUACGGGGCGCGGAUUAACGCGCUGGGCGCGGCGCGGCUUGAGAGGGAUGUUGGGGGUCUUGUUGGGGCUGCUGUUGAUGUUGGGUAUGUUGCUGGUGCGCCGGGGAGAUAUAAGUAUCGGGAGUGCUUUGCGCGGUGUGUGCAGAUGACGCUUGUUAUGGGGAUGGAUGAGGAUGAGUGGGAUGAGGUUCGGAGGGGUGGGGUUGCGGCGGAGGUUGUUGAGAAGCUUGGGAGGGAGGAUUUGAUUAGGGUUCGGGGGAUGGUUAGGAGGUAG